AUGCCGCCUCCACCGCGGCUGCUGCCGCUGCUGGUGCUGGGCUUGGGGCUGGGGCUGGGGGGGCGGGUGGGCGGCGGGGGGGGCUGCCAGUUGCCGGCCGAGUGGCGACCGCUUAGCGAAGGCUGCCGAGCCGAGCUGGCGGCGAUCAUCGUCUACGCGCGGGUGCUGGCGCUGCACCCCGACCCCUACGGUGCUUAUAACUACCUGCCUUGGCAGAGGGGCCCCCCCGGCGGCCCCCAACAGGGAGCGGGGGGGCUUUUUUAUUCGGCCGAGAUCGAGCUGCUGUGCGAUCAGGCGUGGGGCAGCAUGUUGGAGGUGCCCGCCGGCUCCCGCCUCAACCUCACCGGCCUCGGUUACUUCUCCUGCCACUCGCACACCGUCAUGCAGGGCUACGCUUAUUUCUUCUUCCUUCGAAUGGAUGAGAACUACAUCCUCCUGCCGCACGGAGUCAACUUCCAGGAGGCGAUUUUCCCGGACACCCAGGAGAACAGAAGGAUGUUUGCCAGCCUUUUCCAGUUUUCUAACUGCUCGCAGGCGCAGCAUGUCUUGAGCUUCUCCAGUGACUGGGAGAUUCAGGAGGACAACCGGCUCAUGUGCUCCUCGGUCCAGAAAGCCCUGUUUGAGGAGGAGGACAGAGUGAAGAAGCUGCAGCAGAAAGUGGCGACGCUGGAGAAGCGCAACAAGCAGCUGCGAGAUCGGGUGAAGAAAGUCAAGAGGUCUCUCCGGCAAGCCAGGAAAAACACCAGGCACAUGGAGCAGAUGAACCGAAAGCUCAGCGAGAAACUUUCCUCUGCAGGUGGUCAAAUCCCCUAUAUUAACUCUUUGAAGCAGGAGAACUCCCAUGCUACCUACCUUAAAGUAUAAUCAAGGGUAAGUGCUCAGACCAAUGGUAAUGGCGAAUUUUCCCUGCAUUAGAUCAGGAUCUGGCCCUCACACCUUGUCUACACUGUGCUUCAAACCUUGCACGGAAAAUGAAUCUGAACUUGCUUUAGACACAGUGCUAGAUUAAACAAGAAUGCAAACUGGAUUGGGCUGUGUGUUGGAGGCACAGCCCAAAGCCAUGUCCUCGCUGUCCUCAGUGGACACAGGGCCAGACAGUAAUCUGUGCUUCUCCGCCCUCACCCCACUCCACCUCCGUCACCAGUUUUAGGUUCUCUUUGAUGAAAGUGCCAGUUCAGCCCCAUGGGCCAUUGCAGGCACUUGACACAGGAGCUCUGCUUGCCAACUUACCUCCUCCACGUGGACUGGGCAAGCGAGGCCGGGGGGUAUAUGGAGAUGGAUGCUGCAGGAAAGAUGCAGGCAUGAAUGCUCUUUGCACCAUCAUCACCCCCAAGCUCUCAACCUCCCUUAAGCUUCACUAAAGUCUACAUCCAGUGUCUGAGCAAAGGCUACGUCCAGGACACAGUCAGUUUGGGCCCCUCUUCAAAAUGAAGGAUAGAUGUGCCCAAAUUUUCUUUAGACUGUUUCUAAAUAUGCCUAAAUAUUCUACAUAAAAUAUCUAAUAUUUUUUAUUUUACCAGGAAGUGCCUUAAGGGUCUCAGUAACUCCCUCAGGUGCCUUUAUGAUUGCCCAGCCAACAGGGUUGGAAACCACGUCAUUGCAGGACUGUGUCUAGGACCUAAUCCAGCUCCUGCAGUCAGGAAUGGACUUUGCCUGACUGUUAGUGGGUGCUGGAUCAGGCCCAGCAGACAAUUUCAGAUCCUGUUUUCAAGCAGGUUUAAUUUGCAGCGUGGACAAGGCUUCAAGUUUGUAAUCACUGUUUGAGGUAUAAUGGAGGUUGCUGGGCAGCCUCACUUAGUUACACUUAGAUACUGUAGAGACCGCAUCAAUAUCAACAGGGCAUUAAAAAUUAAGGUAGUUUAUAUAUGUAUAUAUUUUAAAAUCCUAUAGAAAAUAUUUUUAUUACACAUUUGAUAUAGUCUAAUUUCUUAAAAUAUGAAGUAAAUCCUGUUUCUUGGUUAUCUUGCUAAGAAAAAAGUCCAUCAUCUAUUAAACAUUUACAAACUGACUUCUGCUCAAACAGCAUAGGUUAAGGCACCAGUAUCUGUGGCUGAUAAUGUUUUCAGCUGUGUUAAUAUACCAGAGCAUAUCUUGGGUCUUGGUACUCAACCAAUCGUCUUUCAUAACAGGGCACCAUAAGGACAGAAAGGUAGGAGAGUUUUUGUGUUUUCUUCCCUUCUCAGAAUAGUUUUUCUUACUCCAAGCAUGAGACCCAAGUGCAGAUAUGCUUCAUGCUUUUUGACAGGGGCAGCCAGCCCUUGCCCAGCCCUGGGCAACACUGACAAUCUGCCAGGGCUAAACCCGAUUUGUACAAGGUGGACUGAUCCAGAUGAUCUUUAACAUAGAGGUGAGGCCCUCAGAAAUAACAGUAUGCAAACCAUUGCUCUGCUUUUAACUUUCCACACUUUACCAGAUCACUGCAUGGUCUCCAUACUGUGUCUCAGCACUCAAAAUUAGAGUAUAUCGAGGCUACAGCCCUGUUGGACCAUGCUUUAACUAUCCUUGUGCUAGAAAAGGCCUGUAUCAGCUUUCACCCUGAGCUUUAGUCCAAGCUGAACUCAGAAGUUAAGCCUUGUGUUGGCUUCUAGGAUGCUGCUGAGUUUAAUUACCCUCCAGUUUUGUUCCUUUUGGAAAUAGAGCUCCCCCCCACCCCGCCCUUGAAAUAAUAUUGGCAUUUCUUCAGGUUCUGACUCCUCCACAAGCUCCAUCAGUUUCAAAGGCUUUGCCUACCGAAUCAGCACAAUUUGAGUUGUUUUGUGCUGUAGUCAGCAAUGCUGUUUCCUGAGAAUUACUACAGACGUAAGGCUUCCCUAGAAGCCAUCAAGAGAUUUUAACUCCAAAAUUUAAAUCCAUAGGAAAGUAACUAAUUCUUUUUGGUUUGUUUCUUUGUUUCUAAACUGCUGUUUAAAUAAAUGAGCUGUUUUUCCUGGUAUAGGUAUUAAAAGCUUGUGUUCUAAUUUUUUGUUAAUAAAAAUAUUCCCUCUGGUA